AUGGCUCGGACGAAGCAGACAGCUCGCAAGUCGACGGGCGGCAAGGCGCCUCGCAAGCAGCUGGCCACCAAAGCGGCUCGCAAGAGCGCCCCGGCCACGGGCGGCGUGAAGAAGCCUCACCGCUACCGCCCGGGCACCGUGGCGCUGCGCGAGAUCCGCCGCUACCAGAAGUCGACGGAGCUGCUGAUCCGCAAGCUGCCUUUCCAGCGCCUGGUGCGCGAGAUCGCGCAGGACUUCAAGACGGACCUGCGCUUCCAGAGCUCGGCCGUGAUGGCGCUGCAGGAGGCGAGCGAGGCGUACCUGGUGGGGCUGUUCGAGGACACCAACCUGUGCGCCAUCCACGCCAAGAGGGUGACCAUCAUGCCCAAGGACAUCCAGCUGGCGCGGCGCAUCCGCGGAGAGAGGGCUUAGCCGCCGCCGGUCUCGCUCAACCCGCUUCA